AUGAUAGAAAAACAUUUUUAUUAAUAAUCUAAAUAAAUGGGUGUAUUCAAUCCAAAAGAAUAGAGAAAGUAAGUCAGAGGUGGUAUAUAUAUUUAGCUUGAGCAGACAGUGUUUAUGAGUAAUUAAAUUAUCCGUGGUCUAAUUAAUAUUAAUUUAGAAGAACCAUUUUAAGGUCAUGUUUUAUCAAUUACUUUGAAUGGAAAAGAAGAAACAUAAUUCACUAUUCCCAGGUAAAGAAAAGCAGGAAACUAACAUUAAAUAAUGGCUUGUUAGGUUAAGGGUUUUAAUAAUUUUCUAAACUUUACUAUUCCUAUUUAUGACUUUUCUUAAGGGUCUAUGGACCAUAAAUUUAUAAUUCAGCCUUGCUAAGUAGUAAUCCCUUUUGAAUUAGUGAUUGGAGAUAAACUUCCUUCUUCGAUGUAGUAUUCAAAUAAGCCAGAAGAAGUAGAAUGCUCUAUAAAAUAUACAUUAGUAGCAUAGAUAAUCCCAACGGAAGAUAAUUUGAAACCUAUUGAAGGAGUUUAGGAGAUAUUUAUAGGAUAGUAAUUCCCUUCUUACUAUUUGCAUGACAAUUUUACUUCUACUUAAUAACCUAUUUUAUGUGGUUGCUACAAAUCAGGAAGGAUUAUUUACAAUGUCACAACAAACAGCAAUUCUUUCUCUCCUAAUGAACAAAUUAUAGUCAAAUUAGAUGUUGACUUUAAUCAAUACAGAAAAAAAGUAAAAUAUCUAAAUGUCAAAUUAGCGGGUUUACUAACAGUCAAAGUAAAUGAUACUGAUUAUUCAAAAUAAGCAUAAAUUUAUGAAUAAACCAUUAGAGUUGAUGUGAACGAAUAAUCUCGACUACUCAAAGAAGUCUAACUAUCAAUACCUCAUAAUAUCACUCUAUCUUCUCAGAGUUCGCUUAUAAAAGUUGACUACAAUUUAUUAAUUUAUCCUGAAAUAGAUACAUCUUGCGUAGUUUCUUACACAUGUCCUCAUAAAAUAGAAAUAUUCAUGAAUCCAAGUUAAGAUGGUAAUUAGAGUGGUGCUCCUCAAUUACUCCUAAUAAAAAUACCUUAAAAUUGGAAUCCUACUUAAUUGCAACCUUCUGAGUUCAAUGAAAAAUAAAUAUCAUAAAUUAAAGAGUAAUAAAAUUCAUACUUUCAGAAAGAGUCAAAAAAAGUAAAUUAUUCUGAAAUUAAGGAAGGAUAUUAUACAAAUGAGAGUAAACAAACUAAAAAAAUAAAUAAAAUGCCUAAUAUAGUUACUUCUCAAAUAGAUCCAAUCAAUUAGCCACUAAUGACUGAUUAAAACAAAUGA